CUGGGUUGUCAUCCAGGCCGUGUUCGGUUCAGUUAAGCCAGUGAGACGAAAAUCUCCUUCUGACCCUAUACUUUGUUAACAUUCUCCGUAUGAAAUUCGGUAGUGCGGCCUGCAAGCGAUCGGUUUUCCGCUAGUAAUAUUCCACUGGUAUUCGAACGAACCGUGGUCUAAAGAAACGGCGUUGAUUGAUCCUUGCGACUAUUCGAAAACGUGAACCUGACCGGUCGUCCAAAUACGCCUAUUAUCUCCUCAGGGCUCUCCGCAUCUCGACAUGAAAGCUGCAUAAAAAUUGCUAACUGCUAGAGAAAAUAGCUAUAGCUUUAGACGUCUACAUUUUCCCUACUAAUGGCCAUGGGCCUAUCAUCGUAUUUAGGCUCAGUGCGGCAGGCCCUGUCUACACAAGCUGCAACUACACGUAACGUCCACGUUGUCAUUGGGAAUGAAGCCUGUGACCUCGACUCGGCGGUCAGCGCCGUGGUGGCUGGUUAUAUAUUGGGAUCGAAGACUGAACGUCUUGUAGUACCGAUGCUAAACAUUCCUCGAUCAGACUACCCUCUCAAGACCGAGGUUCAAUUCGUAUUUAACAGGCUUAAUAUAACGGAAGAUCUACUGAAUUUCUUCGACGACCUUUGUCUUACUGACUUGCAUAAGGCCAAAAAGCUCGAGGUGACCCUCGUGGACCACAACGUCGUUCCAAAGUGCCUUGAGACCAUCAAUGAUGCUGUUGUACGGGUCAUCGAUCAUCAUAAGUGGGAAGCAUCGUUUACCUCACCGAUAGACAAAAAGAUCGAAAUGGUAGGGUCGUGCGCUACCCUGGUUGGAGAAAAGCUUCUAGCAGAUCAUCGCGAGCUCGCUGAUGAGACAAUAACAAAACUGUUGCUAUCUACGAUCAUCGUUGACACAGUGAACUUCAGCAAAUCAGCCAACAAGGCAACGCCAAAAGACGAAAAAGUAUUCAAAGAGUUGUUAUCGUUUGCUCCAAAUAUAGACUGGGAUUCGGAGUUUGUCCAGAUUAAAGAGGCGAAAUCAUCCGUUUCUUGGAUGGCUGUUCGCGACCUUCUUAGAAAGGACCUCAAAGUAAUUUCAGAGAACGAAUUGACAAUUACUGUGUCGACUGUGCCGGUGUCGUUGAAGAGUCUUUUAGCGAUGUCCAACUUUCGAGCUGAUCUAGAGUUUUUCCGGCAACAGCAAAAGGCCAAUGCGGUUAUUGUAAUGACGACAACUACAAAAAUGCAGGAUAGCGAGCAGGACUGCAUGCAACGAGAAAUGUUAAUUCAUGCGAAAAUUGAUCCUUUACGUGAGGCGUUGGUCGAUUACCUGAAGCGCUUCGACCAGCCGCUUCUUGACUUAGAAGAAAUAACUUCUUGUUCGACCAUCUACAGUCAGCACCCAGCAAGUAGCGUUUUCAUACAGAAAAACGUCGGAGCCUCUAGAAAAGUUGUCCUGCCUGCAGUCCGCUUAUUCGCAGCGUCGUACAAAAUAUCGUCUGAACAGGAUUCCGCUUAAGGACACUGCCUAUAUACGUUCAUAUACAAAUUUUAUAGUAGGCGCA